AUGCGUCCUUCUGUGCCUCGGCGUCUUCUUCCCCUGCUCCCUGGCGCGCAUCCAGCAUCCUGGUCUUCGUCUCCGAUCUUUGCCGCGGUUGUCGCGCGCCGCGGACCGUCCGCAGGCGCUUGUUUCGAGUCCUUCAGCUCUGCGGCAACUCGCUACGACGCGGCGCGGCCGCCACCCUCAUGGCGGGCGUCCCGGUCUUCGCGGGGGAGUUGGGCUGGCAGCGCGCGAGCGCGUGCACCAGACGCCAGUUUGACGUCUGGAAGGCUGGCGCUUGCGGAGGCGGGGCCUCCGGGCCUGCGCGCGCGAGCCCAGCAGGGCAUCGCAGACUUUUUGCGGUGCCCGAAAGAUGACGGAGUGGCGUUCUUUGGGUACCGGCGACCGCUGGAGCGGCAGAGUCCGCUCACGCGCGCGUCGGAUCGGGUGAUGCCGCGAGCGAAAGAGCGGGAGAGGAGGGCUUUUGCCUCUGUCUCUUCGCGGCCUUUCUCUUCGUGCUCCCUAGGGCAGGCGUUCGGCGUUCCCUUUGUCUCCUCUGAAGCCCACACCGCGGCUCCGCCGCCCGCUCAGUUGCAGAUGUCUCUGGCGUCUCCUUCUUCCUGUCUUUUGCCGCUGAAAAUCUGCGUCUUCGCGGCGCCUCUGAGUUCGUUUUCUUUGCCUGUCUUUCUCGUUUCCUCGCUGCCCACCUGUGCAUCGGCCGGCCCCGCGUCAUGCAGCCAGGUGCCUUCUUCGCCCUCGUCGCGGCUGGCGUCUGCGCAUUUUCCCUCCUCUGGCUCUGGUUUUCCGUUUUUGUUGUCUGCGCACGGUGAACUGAAGGCCGGUGGGAUCUCAGCUGGCUGCGCGCCUCUUGUUUUUUCGUGCACAUUCCAAAUGUUGCACGGCGCGCGCUCUCUGUACAGUGCCCAUCGGCCCCUGGCUGUCUCUGCGCAGCCGCAGUCUCCCUUGACUUGUUCCACUUUUCACGCGUCGUCUCUUUCGGUCGGCGCGUCGUUAUCCUGCUCGUCCUUAGAGCGAUCUUCGCAGGCCGUAGCGCCAUCACAGUCCAGCAUCCUCCACGAAUCUCCUGCUCCCUCAACUGCGAAGAAGUCUUCUGAGCGAACUCUUCUGUUUUUCUGUUCUCCUCCUCAUCCUUCGGCCGCCUCCCUGCUUCCUCCAGACCGCAUCAGCUUCGUCUCUGUUGCCCGCGGGCCUCAAGCGCCAGAGGGUCACGUCGGGACGGGACUUGUUCAGAAGUCUGUCCCGCGCCGCGCCGGGUCUGGGUCUCGAGAGCCUCCGUCCUUUUCUCUUUCUUGCGAGGCUUAUCUUACUUCUUAUCCUCGCUCGUUCAGCGGCCGUCCUGCGUGCCUCUCGUCUCGCCUCUCUUCCCUCGCUUCUGCGCGACGUGGCUUCGCCUCGCAGCCUCGCGCGCCCCGUCUGUCUCCUUCUCUCCCUUCUCAGUCUUCCGUCUCGUCUUCUUUUUCGUUUCCUCUCCCGGCGCCUUCGCACUGCUCGAUUGCGUGCCCCCAUGGAGCCGCGCGGGUGAGCAGCGGCGAAGGCAGCGGCAGGCGGAGCCUGAAGAUGCUGCCGCGGAGGCGCUUGGAUGCCUCGUCUGCAGCCGUGAAAGCGAGCGAUUUUCCUCAUCGCGCGCGCGAGGCUCGAGAGCCACGGAGACCAGAGACAGGCGCGCGCGUACUGAGGCCACCUGCGAAGUCUUCGCCUCGCAGUGCCGCGUCGCUUCCUCAGGCUUCAGAGGCGGCUUCGGAGGCGGCUUCAGAGGCGGCUCUAGAGGCGGCUUCAACGCCUUCUUCUUCUCCGUCUCCCUCUUUGGUCGACGCCCUCUCUGCACAUCCCUGCGCGUCGUGCCCGUCGCGUGCUGCGCCGAGCCCGUCUCCAAGCGCGUCCGCGACGGCCGCCUUCUCUGCCUUCUCCCCCUUCUCGUUUCCUGCGGCGCCCCUCGCUUGCAGGGCUCCAGAGGACUUCACGCCUCCGGAUUUCGCGCAGGACUGCCUCGCGGCCGGUUUUUGGAGGCGCCCCAACGAGGAGGAGCCGCAGCAGCUUUUCGUCUCCUUCGGCGGCGCCCAAGAGCCAGCGCCGCAGGCCCCGGGCGCGGGACUCCGCGGCGACGCGCCGGCGAAGGAGGCGGAGGACGCGGGGCAGCGGCCGCAGGCUGGCCUCGCUGCCGCCAUCGUCAUCGGCGAAGAGGGCAUGCUGCCUCAGCAGCUCUUGACGCGCUUCGCGCUCCAGUCGCGGAAGUUCUCGCUUCCCGUCCCGCAAACUCGGCGGCACAGAGAGAGCGAGACGGCGGCGAGCCGAGCAGCAGCCGCAAACGCGGCGCGAGCCCUCCCUCCGCCGGCCUCUGCUCCACACGGCCCCGCGUCGCCUUCGCCGCCACUGUAUCCCGCGACAAAAGGGAGUGAAGGCCCGCCUUUUCGAGUUCCCCCUUCAUUCGCGGCGCUCGCGUCUCUGCAGCCCUCCACUGGCCGUUCGGAGAGACCUCGGCGGCCGAUGAGCGUCUCGCCUCGUGCCGCUUCGUCUUCGGGGUCGACGGACGCGCCCGUAGGGCGUCCUGCCUCUUCUGCUGCGGCUGCCUCCCCGGCGCCUCCGCGUCCUUUCGUUUUCUCUUCGCCUCCAGCUGCGGCAAGCCUGGCAUCGAGCCUCGCCUCUUGGUCCUCCGAUCCGGGCCCCUCACGCUCGGCGCCCUUGCCGUCUCCUCUCCGCGUGAGCGCGAGCCCUGCUGCUGAGGGAGAACGCGAGCGCCGCAGGCGGGCGACGGAGCGAAGCCGGCAAGAGGCGCCGGGGGAGCAGAAAGCGAAACCCAGCAAGCGCGGGGAUCCUCAGGCGCAGCGCGGGCCUCCCUUUGAUCCUCGGGCUGCCGUCUCCGAGUUCAUUCGAGCCGUUGAGUGCCUGGUCGCUGCUGCGUGCCCCCGCAGCAGACUCAGCGACGCCGAGCUCGCUUCUGCGGUGUCUGUUGCCUCGCCUGAGCAGCCAUCCUCGGUUGCGGACCCGCAGAUUACGAAGCGCGCCCUUAAGAACUCGCCUGCUGCUGAGGAAGCGAAGCGGCUUCAGACCCAACUCCGCGUAUUCUUCCAAGCACCGAACGAGCCUCAGCCGCUCGCCGAGCUCAUUCGCUUUGAUCUGGAUUUCGCUGUUUACUUUUCCCAGUAUUUUCGUCUUCUCGGCGGUCUGCUCCAGAUGCAUCGCCUCCCGAGCCGUCUGGUCGAUCGCACCCUCGUGGCGGCGCUCUUCGGCGCACUUCUCAGAGAGGGUUCCCCUCCCCGGUUUGAGGAGGCCGUCGAGCUCUGCAGAGCGGGCUUCGAGCUCCGUCUCUUCGAGUCCGCUCCAAACCACAUGCUUCGCCUCGUUGAGCGCACAGCAAGGCAGGCACUGGACGGGAGCGGCAGCCCUCCGCCGCUCGGUGCCGUCCUUCAGCUGGCGGAGUUAACCGAGAAACGGGCAUUCUUCAAGCGGCCAGCGGUCUCCGCAUGCGACGACCCCAGUUCGAGUGCGAAGCUUCUCGACGAGCUGUACCUCUUUUUCAUCGAGCGCUUGAGAGAAGAAAUCUCGUCGCAAAAUGCUCAACUGCUCCAGCGUCUCUCCUCUUCUGUCGUUUCGUCGUCUUCUUCCAGGGAUUCUCGCGCUCCCCCGCAUAGCCCUUUUUUGUCGCAGUUUUCUCUCUCUUCUUCUCCUUCUCCCUCGUCUUUUUUUGUUUAUUCUUCAUCGUCAUCUUUUCCGCUUUCCCCUGUCCCGGAGGCCACAGACGAAACUGAAGACUGCACCAAGCUCUUGACGAAGGCCGCCGCCAUCCUUGGCGCCCGCCGAUGCGGAGAUGAAGGCGAGUCUUCCUUGCGAAAAACAAGGACUGCGACCUGGAAAGCGCUCUUUGACUGCAUCCAACUCCACGGCCGCUGGGGCUGCCUUUCGCGCUCUACGCGUUCUUCGCUCCUCUCGUUUGGCAAAGAGGAGGCGCGUGAGGAAGCAGGCGCUUCUGCGGACGAAGCCAGGCGCGUCUCCGCGACGAUCCAAGCUAUUGCGCGCGCCUCGUCGUCCUACGACUUCUCGCGCGCUCACCGCGCGCUGCUGGACGAGGUGGUCGCGUCUCUCGCGCAGAAGACCCCGCUAUCCUCCUCUGCAUGCGCCGCAUCUGCCUCCAAUUCGGAGGGCUCGCCAGAAGAAAGGCCGCCGACUUCGCCUGCGGCGCUCCGACGCGCGCCAGCGGCGUUCUCUUUUUCAGGUUUUUUCGUCUUGACGCCUCAGUUUUACUCCGCCGAUCUGUUUCUGCGCUUCCUAGAGGCCGUGUGCCUCUCAGGCGGGGGUGAGAGCCGCGCCUUUCUGCAGCUCUGCGGCGUGAGCUUUCCGCUCUUCCCCUUCGCGCUUCUCGACCAAGGCCGCCGCGACUCUCAGCGCAUGCACGCGAAGCGGCGGCGCCUCGAACGCGGCGCAGAGGAACGCGGCACCUUCGCCAGGCUCUUCCAGGUCGCGUCGUUCCUGAGAGCCCUCUCUGCCUCAGCCGCUGCGCCGUCUGCGGCUGCGGAACCGCCGCCGUCGCCCGCGUCGGGCGGGCUCUCGCUCGUGUCGCGGCUGCGCGUGCCCACCGUGUUUCUUAACCUCCAUUCGCUGGCUGAGAGGGAAAAAGAGAAGGAGGAAGUCGCGCUCCCCGCCGAACUCACAAGCGUCGUUGAGCUGGUGCUGCAGCAUCCCAAGUGCGCAGACGCCGUCGCGCGCGUCUUCGCCCCCGAAGAGGCUGAAGCCUGGGUGCGAGAAGUCCUGACGCAGUUCAACGUACUCGGCGCCGACGUGCGGCGCGUGCGAGAUCGCAAGCGGGGCUUUUACUUCCUGCAUCUUCAGCCGCGCGUCGCGGCGUCUCGACACGCGCUUCUGCUCAUUCCGCGCUGCCGCGAGCUGCUGGGAGCGAACCUGGAGCCUCUCGCCCUGCGCGCCGACACCGCGGUGACGAUGCCUGGCGCCUUCCGGUUUCUGCGUCUGCUCCUGCGACGCGACGGAUGGCGCGUCUCCUGCCUGUUUGAGUCGGAAUGGAAGAGUCGCGCCGCAACCGAGGGCCGCGGAGACUUCGGGGCAACGCAAGGAGCGAGAACCCGCUCCGCGGAAUGGAGACGAGCGCAAACAGCGACGAUUCUGGAGAGAGCGCUCGGAGCGCGCUGA